GAAAAUUCUAACGAAGAGGUGAAGAUAUCGGCAGUGAAGGCCACCUCUGCCUUCAUUUUAGUUCACGAAACAGAAAAAUCAGUUUUAAAACAGAUGAGUGAUUGUAUUCUUCCAAUGAUUCACAUCAUGUCCGCAUGUAUUGACACCGAAAGCGACGAUUCGGCUCUUAAAUCAUUUAUAGAUAUCUCUGAGAAAUGUCCGCAAAUACUUCGACCACAGUUUGAAGCCUUAAUUGAAGUUUGUCUCAAGACUUUGUCAAAUGUGGAAAAGCCUGAUUCGUGGAGGCAUUUGGCACUCGAAGUGAUCAUAUCUUUAGCAGAAAACGCUCCGUCGACUGUCCGAAAGAGGGGUUCGCCUUAUCUCUCGAUUUUAAUUUCUCAGUUGCUUCUAAUGAUGACUGAUUUGGAAGACGACCCGAACUGGUCUUUAAGUGACGAAGAAGAGGACGACGACUCUGAGAGCAAUGCAGUGAUCGGUGAAAGCAGUUUAGACCGACUCUCCUGUUCUAUAGGCGGCAAAACAGUGCUUCCUUUGGCCAUAACAUCGAUCUCUCAAAUGUUGCAAAACAGUGAUUGGAAGCACAGAUUCGGUGCAUUGAUGGCCAUAUCGGCGGUGGGAGAGGGCUGUCACGACCAAAUCACUCCAAUGCUUAGCCAAAUAGUUGAAGCAAUUAUACCAUUCCUUAAUGAUUCCCAAGGCUGUCACGACCAAAUCACUCCAAUGCUUAGCCAAAUAGUUGAAGCAAUUAUACCAUUCCUUAAUGAUUCCCACCCGAGAGUCCGAUACGCGGCCUGUAAUGCUUUGGGACAAAUGGCCACUGAUUUUACGCCAUUAUUUGAGAACAAUUUCCACUCUAAAGUAGUGCCCGCUUUGCUUAUACUACUCGAUGAUUACGCUAACCCUCGAGUCCAGGCACACGCCGGCGCCGCUCUCGUGAACUUCUUCGAAGAGUGUCCGCAAAAGAUUGUCGUUAAUUAUAUGGAAAGUGUUGUCAACAAAAUUGAACAAGUUUUAAAUAUAAAGAUCAAAGAGCUAAUGGAAAGGGGAUCUAAACUGGUUUUGGAGCAAAUUGUGGUCACUUUAGCCUCUUUGGCCGAUUCAGCUCAAGAAAAUUUCCAAAACUAUUACGACAAGUUUAUUCCGUGUCUGAAAUUUAUUAUACAAAACGCGACGACCAAAGAGCUAAGACUUUUGAGAGGCAAAUGCAUUGAAUGCAUAAGUCUUAUAGGUUUGGCCGUUGGCAGUGAAAGAUUUUGUUCGGAUGCCAACGAUAUAAUGAAUUUAUUGCUACAAAACCAAACCGGAGAACUCAUACUCGACGACGACGACCCACAGUUAUCUUAUAUGAUCUCUUCGUGGGCGAGAAUUUGCAAGAUCUUAGGCAAUCAAUUUGAGCCAUACCUGCCAUUUGUUAUGCCCUCUGUCCUAAAGGCGGCCGCAAUUAAGAUAGAAGUGGCACUUCUUGAUCAAGACGACAUGAAAGUGGUUGAAGACGACAACGACUGGCAAUGUGUUAAUUUAGGCGAUCAGCAAACUUUUGGCAUAAAGACUGUUGGACUCGAAGAGAAAGCAACGGCGUGUCAAAUGUUGGUCUGUUAUGCGCGCGAAUUGAAGCACGGAUUUGCCAAUUAUGUGGAGGAAACCGUUAAGAUUAUGGUUCCGAUGUUGAAGUUCUACUUUCAUGAUGAUAUCCUUGAUCUCAAUAACCAAAUUAUUUGUAUCGACAAAUUGGGAAAGAAUUGUUUGAAUGAAAGUCAAUUGCAAGACUUGAUCAAAGUUAUUGACUGUCAUCUUAAGGAACACUUCGAAAGACAUCGUUUACGCCAAGAGAAGCGAAACGAUGAGGACUACGACGACGGCGUUGAAGAAGAGCUCGUCGACGAGGACGACGACGACGUGUAUGUGUUGAGUAAAGUGGCCGAUAUAUUGCACUCACUAUUCAUUGCUUAUAAGAAUGAAUUUUAUCCCUACUUUGAUUUAAUUUAUCAACACUUCAUUAAUCUGGCGUGUGAGGGCAGACCCUAUACUGACCUGCAAUGGGCUGUUUGUGUUAUGGACGACGUUAUAGAACACGGCGAACAAUAUUGUGUGAAAUACGAGGCAUUCUUUUUGCCCCUUUUGUCAACUGGAGUUCAAAGCACUUACUCUGAGGUGAGACAGGCGUCGGCUUAUGGUAUAGGGGUUUUGGGCAAACAUGGAGGACCAACAUUUGCUAAGCAUUUAUCCGAAUAUAUUCCACUAUUGGUUCGUAUGAUAAGCGAUCCAAACGCACGAUUGGCUGAGAAUAUAACGGCCACUGAAAAUGCCAUUUCGGCCGUCACUAAGAUUUUGCAGUUUAACAGCACUCAAUUAGACGUGGAGGCGAUUCUUCCGGUUUGGUUGAGUUGGCUUCCAGUCUGGGAAGACGAGGAAGAGAUUCCUCACAUCUAUGGCUUCCUAUACUGUCUACUCGAAAGAAACCAACCGACAAUAAUGGGUGCAAAUAAUAGCAAUUUACCGCAUAUUGUGGCAGUUAUUGCCGAAGUGUUGGCCCGAAUGGCCAUCGAUUCUAAUAGUGAUUUGGGACAGAAAUUGAUUUCAUACCUUCAAUUCGUAAAAUCGGACGCCAAUGCGUUUGCAAAUUGUUACCAACGACUGACUGCCGAACAACAACAGUCAUUAAAUCAGGUGUUACUCUAAAUUAAUUGAUUAUUAUAUAGGAUAUAACCAAAUGACUAAAUAAAAAUUCAAUAUUUAUUUA